GUAGAGUAGCGUUAGCUGCUAUCUGCUAGCCGUUAGCGGAUCACCGGGACUUCGCGGCCUGCAGACCCGGGGAACCGUUAGUGGGUCUGGCCGCCCUGAGAACUCAGUGGAGGAGCCGGUUGGAUCAGAACCAGCCGGUCCGAAGCAACCAAAUGAUUAAACCGUUAAGCUGCGACUAGAUCCGAGCAGAGCUAAACCCAUGGAGACCCUGAAUGAGACCCCCACUGUGCUACAGCCCCGCUGGAAGCGGGUUCUGGGCUGGACCGGGCCGGUUCCGCGGCCGCGGCACGGCCACCGGGCCGUGUCCAUUAAGGAGCUCAUGGUUGUGUUCGGAGGAGGGAACGAGGGAAUCGUGGAUGAGCUACACGUCUACAAUACAGCUACCAACCAGUGGUUCAUCCCGGCGGUCCGUGGCGACAUCCCGCCGGGCUGCGCCGCCUACGGCUUUGUGUGCGACGGGACGCGCCUGCUGGUGUUCGGAGGGAUGGUGGAGUACGGGAAGUACAGCAACGAGCUGUACGAGCUGCAGGCCAGCCGCUGGGAGUGGAAACGUCUGAAGGCCAAACCCCCAAAGAGAGGCCCACCCCCGUGCCCCCGCCUCGGACACAGCUUCUCCCUGAUUGGCUCCCGGUGUUACCUGUUCGGUGGCCUGGCCAAUGACAGCGAGGACCCAAAAAACAACAUUCCCAGGUACCUGAACGACCUUUACUGUCUGGAGCUGAGACCCGGCUCCACGGUGGUCAGCUGGGAGAUCCCGCCCACAUCUGGGCCGGCGCCGCCCCCCAGGGAGAGUCACACGGCAGUGAUGACGACCAAGGGCGGAGUCAGCAGGCUGAUCAUCUACGGCGGGAUGAACGGUUGCCGGCUGGGAGACCUCUGGGUCCUGGACUUAGAGUCUUUGGUGUGGAGCCAACCAGCUCUCAGUGGGACGCCGCCCCUCCCCCGCAGCCUGCAUUCUGCAACCGUCAUCAACAACAAGAUGUACGUGUUCGGAGGAUGGGUCCCUCUGCUGGGGGACGACAUCAAGAUGGGGACGCAUGAGAAGGAGUGGAAGUGCACCAACAAUCUGGCCUGCCUCAACCUCGAGACGAUGAGCUGGGAGACGGUUCUGAUGGACGGAGAUGAGGAGAACCUGCCCAGAGCUCGGGCCGGUCACUGCAGCGUGGCCAUCAACUCCAGACUCUACAUCUGGAGCGGCCGGGACGGGUACCGGAAGGCCUGGAACAACCAGGUCUGCUGCAAAGACCUGUGGUACCUGGAGACAGAGUGUCCAGUGGCGCCGUCCCGGGUGCAGCUGGUCCGGGCCAACACCACGUCCCUGGAGGUGAGCUGGGGUCCGUCUAAGACCGCAGACACGUACCUCCUGCAGCUGCAGAGGUACGACAUUCCAGCCGGCCCCGCCCCCGGUGCCGCCCCUCCUUCCCUGGCUCCACCCAGCCAGGCCGUCCCGGCGCCGGGUUCUACUCCUGGAAGCCCGUCGGCGGCAGACGCCAAAGGUCCGGCGGUCCUGAGGUUGGCAGCAGCUCCGAGUGCGGCAGGGGGGGGCGUCAGACUGGCCGCGCCAAAAACCCCUGUAACCAUGGCAACACUUCCUGCUGGUGUCCGUGUGGCGGUUCCUGCUCAGCCCAGUCAGGCGGCGAUAGGUAGCGGCCCUCAGAUGAGUGGCAUGGCGGCGCUGGCGGCGGCGGCAGCAGUGACUCAGAAGAUCCCUCCGUCCACGGCGCCGGUCCUCGGCCUACCAGCAGGGGGCGGCGCGGUGAAGAUUGUGAGUCUGGAACCGGUUACCAUGGUGGCGUGAGAUCGGAGCUCAUGGGUGAUCGCCUCCUCGCUUCCGUUUCAGGUGAACAACUCGGCAGCGCGUCUCCUGAAGACGGCCGCCGCUCAGGUGGGCGGGGCUUCAGUGGCGUCCGCUGCGGGGACUCCCAACCGGCCAAUCAUCACGGUGCAUAAGUCGGGCUCGGUGACGGUCUCCCCACAGCCUCAGGUGGUCACUACAGUGGUGGGCGGAGUCACAAAGACCAUCACCAUUGUCAACAGUCCCAUCAGCCUGGGAGGAGGCGGAGCCUUGAUCGGUAACCUUGGAAACCUGGGGAAGGUGGUGUCGAUGGUCCAGACCAGGACGGUCCAGAGCGGAGCGGUUACAGGUCAGGCUGGGAGCAGCCCGGUCUCUCAGAUCCUUCAGACGAAGGGCGCUCUGCCGGCGGGAACCAUCCUGAAGCUGGUGACCUCAGCAGAUGGGAAGCAGACGGCCAUCCUGAGCACGGCGCAGGCCGGCUCCACCGCCAACAAACCCACCAUCAUCAAGACCAUCCCACUAUCGGCUCUGCAGGGAGCAGCAGGUGGGAACAGUCCGAUUACCAUCCUGACCACCAAGGUGGGAACCGCGGGAACGGAGAGGUUGAUCAGUGCCGUCCCCAGGAUGUCUGCGGGCGUCCAGCAGGGCGUCACACAGGUGGUGUUAAAAGGAGCGCCGGGGAUGGGCGGUACCAUCCUCAGAACCGUCCCCAUGAGCGGACUGAGACUGGUGUCUCCAGCACCCGGCGGAAGCAGCCCUGCUGUCACCACGCUGGUCAUGAAGGGGACCUCAGGGGUCGCCAGUCUGAGCACAGCCGCAGGAAGCAUCUCCACUGCCAACGCCUCCUUGACCACACCCAUCACUACUCUGACGUCGCUGGCCAGCCAGGUUACCACAGCAACCGCCCCCACCUCAGGACCCAGACAGGUGACUCUGAUCACAACGCCAAGCGGUGCCGAGCCCCAACCGCUGGUCCAGGACCUGCCCGUCUCCAUCAUGGCCUCUCCGACGUCAGAGGAAACGGGGAAUACUACAGGAAGCACCACGACCACCAACGCUGAGGGAGACGCAGCCACAGUGACUCUGGUCUGCUCCAACCCACCGUGCGAGACCCACGAGACCGGAACCACCAACACCGCCACCACAGCUGGAGCUGGAGGACUCCGACAGGUGUGCUCCAACCCACCGUGCGAGACCCACGAGACCGGAACCACCAACACCGCCACCACAGCCACAGCUCAACAGAGUGGAGAAACUCCGCAAGGAGACUCCACAGACUCCGCCCCCUCAUCUGAUCCCGCCUCUGCUGUCAGUCACAGCACAGCAUUAACUACCGUAACGCAUGCAACGCCGGCCCCGGGUCCAGCAGUACCGGAAAUCUCCUCAUUGGUUGGAGCUGAGAGGAUGGAGACCUCAGAGACGCUCAUCAUGGUGCCACGAGAAGAGGAGGAGCCAACACUGACAGACAGCCAAUCGGGGGGCGUGGUGUCAUCGGGGGCGUCGUUGUUACAGGUUCAGAUGGCCUCCUCGGAUGAAGGUCUUCCUCAGCAACUGAUGUCAUCAGAGGGGGACGGAGGUGAGGAUGUCUCCAGGACGAUGACCCUUACGUUGACGCCAGGACUGGUCCAAGAUCAGCUGGCAGUUACUAUGGCGACCGGCGAAGGAGCCUCGCAGGUGGCGCUGCAAGCGGCUGGGCCCGUCGGUGAGGCUAACCAACCGAGCGAUCAGCCGUUCCGGAUCGUUCUGACGCCUCAGGAACUGGCGGCGCUGGUCCAGCAGCAGCAGGAAGCAGAGCCAGAGCCCAGCAGCGUUCCCACAGAGGGCCUCGCUCCGGCCGACAGCCUGAACGACCCGAGCGCAGAGAGCCACGGACACCAGCUGCCCACCUCAGCCGUGAUCAGCGCCGUCGCUCGAUUGGCCAGCACGUUUAGCCCCACCCCCACGAUGGCGGAGGGCCAGGCGAAGAGCACAGCUGUCACCACGCCCAUGGAGACGUCCAAUGGCAUUAGGGAACCUCCAAUUGAACAGCGAGUCAGGACAGCGCCGAAGGAGAACCCGUGGUUUGACGUCGGCAUCAUGAAGGUCACCAACGCUGUGGUAACACAUUACUACGUCCCCUACGACGACGGCGCGGUCGAGGAUUACGCGACUUCGGUGCCAGAUUAUAGUCAGAUGAGGCGGGUGGAGCUGCAGCCUGGCACUGCCUAUAAGUUCCGGGUCGCAGGGAUCAACAUCUGCGGCCGCGGCGCCUUCUCCGAGGUGUCGGCGUUUAAAACCUGCCUCCCUGGAUUCCCUGGAGCGCCGUGCGCCAUUAAGAUAAGCAAGAACCUGGACGGGGCCCAGCUGACCUGGGAGCCCCCGGCCGUCACCGCGGGAACCAUCACAGAGUACUCGGUGUACCUGGCCAUCCAGUCCAGCCAGGCCAAGUCGCCUGCUUCCGGCCCGGCCCAGCUGGCCUUCAUGAGGGUGUACUGUGGCUCGGACCCGCGCUGCCUGGUUCAGGCAUCCAGCCUGGCCAACGCCCACAUCGACUACACCACCAAGCCCGCCGUCAUCUUCCGCAUCGCCGCUCGGAACCAGAAGGGCUACGGGCCGGCCACGCAGGUCCGAUGGCUACAAGAAACCAGCAAGGACUCCAAAGCAGCGUCCAAGAGAAGCGGACCUUCUCAGGACAUGUAGGAACCGGCAGACGAUACCAGAAUCCCACCAGACACAGAAACUACCAGAACGUUCUGGUUUCAUUUUGACCAGAUCGAUGCAAGGCGGCGCCGAUGGUCGGAACCCAACCAGUUCUGCGAUGAUCCAGUUGGUUCUUAAAACACGACAAACUGACGGUUCUAAAGGUUCUGAAUGAACGUGGCUAUCGAGGACCGACCCAACUCCAGGUUCAGGUUCUGAGCUGGUCAGAGGCAGAGCGGUUCUGGUCUGUUUGGGUUCCUGAUUUUAAACGAUGAGAACAGAAGCUGAAUAUUCCUGAAUGUUGGACUGUUGUUCCGUUGAUCCGUUCCCUUCAGAACUCACAGAAUCCGGAGCUGAGGUGGGCGGGGCUAAAGGACAACAGGAGCGUUGAGGCUCAGUCUGCUGGGUCAGAACUCUGGCUGUGGUUUGAGUUCUGGUGUUUAGUGGGCGGAGCCUCAGAUGGUUGGGAUGCCUUCAAUAUGGGGAGGGACUUAGAGGGGGGGCUUCAAUGUGG